CCAAAACAAAUCAACCGUGCUGUCAAAACUAAUUUCGUAAACAAGCACGAUUUUCGCGUUCCGAACCCGGUUCUUUCCCCGUAAAUGUCCGCAAAAUAAUCACUUAAAAACAAUGGAUCCCACCGAGUACAAAACGUUGCACGAAACGUCCAUGCAGAACAACAACGGAACCACCCCGCUGGACGUGUUCCUCCACAUCGCGCCGUCAUUCUUCACAACCUUCCACACGGUCCAGCUCGUCUCCGCCGCGACAAUCGUCCACGUCCCAACGCGGUUCCUGCUCGAGUUCAGCCUAAUCGUGGUUCCAUUCGUGCUCUUUGUGACCGUGCUGCAUCCCAUGGUGCUGAACAUUACCGUCACGAUGGCGCUGGUUACGGCGGUUUCCGUCGUGCACCAGAUGCGGCUCAAGACGCACUUUGCGCCGUUUGUGCAGAUUCCGGGCCGGAAGCCGCAGUUUAUGAGUGCGGCGCGGGCGCUGAUUAACCUGAUGACGGCGGUUUGCAUUUUGGCCGUUGACUUUCGGAUAUUCCCGCGGGAACUGGCGAAAACGGAAACGUUCGGGUUCGGGUUGAUGGACGUGGGCGUUGGGUUGUACGUGUUUAGCAACGGGAUUGUGUACCGGGUUAGUCCGGAGCAGCGGUUGAGCUGGAAGCGGGUGGGGGAGGUGCUGCUGGGGAGCUGUCCGCUGGUGGUGCUGGGUGCGGCGCGGUUUUUUGUGACGCAGGAGAUUGACUAUCAGCAGCACGUGUCCGAGUACGGAGUGCACUGGAACUUUUUCGUCACGUUGGCGUUCGUUAAGAUUCUCGGCACGCUCAUCAUGGACGCCAUCAAGGAUCCGGAGAUCGCCAAAUUCAUUGCCAUCACGGUGCUGUGCUGCCACGAGAUGUUGCUCCAUCUGGGCGUGUCCCGCUACGUGCUGAGCGACCAAACCGGCCGAGCCAACUUCUGGGACGCAAACCGCGAGGGAAUUUCCUCAAUCCCCGGCUACGUGGCGCUUUACCUGGCCUCAACCUACCUCGGCGCCGUGAUGCGACCCUCCGUCGAGAUCCAACCCUCGAAGAAGUUCCUCCGCAGCGCCAUCAAACUCACCGUCGUGGCCGGCGUCUGCUGGAAGAUGAUUUACGUGUGCGAGGACAUGUUCGGAGUGUCGCGCCGACUCGCCAACAUGGGCUACGUGUUCUGGAUCCUGGCGAUCGGGGCCACCAUGUGCGCCCUGUUUAUGUUCUUCGAGCUGUUCAUCUACUUUGUGCGCUUCGAAGAGCCCAAAACCCCGGACCAGAUCAUGAAGGGACACGACUUUUGCAUCCCGUAUCUGCCGCUGAUUCUGGAAGCGAUCAACGAGAACGGGCUGGCGUUCUUUCUGACGGCGAAUCUGCUCACCGGACUGGUCAACAUCAUCUUUCAGACGCUGCUCAUGGAACGGGCCGCGUCGCUGGUCAUCAUCUCGUACUACAGCUUCAUGCUCUGCGUUGUGGCCGUCUUUAUGAUGGUGAACAAAAUUAAGCUUAAAAUAUGGUAAGGCGCUCGUAAAGUAAGUCAAACAAAUUGUUACUUUAAAAUAAUCUAGUCAGUCGUAACAAAAUGAAUGUGUUUUUCACGCGCGUGUUAAUUCGGUAUUAUUUACGUUAGAAGCAAAGAAAAAUUACCCAUUCCUGUCCAGCAAAUAAAGACAUUUCGCACUAAAAAAUAAUCACAAUUUCAUAGGUGUGCUUUUACAAACGGUGAAACAAUAUGAACAUGAAAAAUGAUU